CGGAGGGGAAGGCGCAGCUCGAUCCUCUGACUUUACUACGAAGGUGAAGCGCAGCCAAGGCAAUGGAGAGGAACCGCGUCAAAAUGCUCGUGUAAUGUUUGAAGAAAAGUAAGAUGCCCGGUUUAGUGUCAUGCCUUGGCGAUCUAAUAGUCACUGGAAUCAUCAUACUCUUCUCUGACCACGUCCAGUCAGAGAUAUGGACCAAUGAAGUUUCAGACGUCCAGUUCGGUGGACUGGGCUCCAGGGUCACACUCACAUGUGGAGGCGCUCACGACGGGUCUCCGGUGGAAUGGCGGUUCAAUGGGAGCUCAGUACCGCCGUGGCAAACACACAAGGGCUCGCUUACACUACUGAACACCACACACUCGAUGGAAGGCAACUACAGCUGCCAUGAUGAACGAGGAACUUUACUGCAGUCCAUCAAACUACGCCUGGGUCAUCUGCCUCAUUUCGUCAGAGUGUCUUGUCGUGUGCCGAAUCAUAUGAAAAUCUACUACUCCUGGGUACAAACUAAGACAACACACCUGCCCACAUUAUACAGAACCUCCUACAGUGUUAAGGGCAGAGAUGUGGAGCCCUGCGAGCAGGAGCACAUUGGGGUGAAUGAGUGUACGAUUACUAACCCACCGUUCUGGACCUCAAAGAUCCUGGUGAACAUCACCGAAAUCAACCCGCUGGGAUCCAACUCCACCAUCCUCCAGAUAGAUCCUCAUGAACUCUUGAAGCCAGAUCCUCCCGAGGACGUCCGAGUUCUUCAGGUGGAAGGUCAGCCCACUCAGUUACUGGUGCAGUGGAGUUGGCCUUCAUCCUGGUCGGUUGAAAUCAUGGCUGCUUUUCCAUUAACCUUCUUACUGCGCUACCGGCCGAUCGGCUCCAACUACUGGUCAAUGCUGGAGACAGAGGAGAACACAAGCCUAAAGAUCAUGGACGCUCUAGUGGGUCGCCUGCAUCAGAUCCAGAUCAGAGCUCAGGAUGCCCUGAUCAACCACAGCCAGUGGAGUGAAUGGAGUCAUGUGGUAGAAGCCCAGCCGUGGAUCGAGCCUUGGAAAGAGCCAACAGAGGAACCAGUGGAUUUUAGCUUUCCAUUUUUCAACUCAUUUCCAGUGAGGACGACAGACAAGUCUCCAGAUUCAUCGUUACACCAGACUGGAAGCCUCGGACUGUUGAUUUUGUUGGGUCUGUUUGCAGCGGUCAUGGUGGCUGCGUUAUUAACUAUCAUCACACUUCUAUGGGUCAGACAGAGAAAACAGGACAAUGUGAAGAAACAAGAACUGGCUUCCAUGGUGAAGAUGAAGUCCAUACCGAUCUAAAAUUUGAGAAGAUGGCUGUCUUCAGUUCGGCCCUCAUAGGGCAUCAGUAUAGGGAAUCACCACCACUGACAGACUCCAUUACCCACAAUCCACCUCUCCUCUCGGCCUCUCAGAGGAUGGGCUCUGAGUCGCGUGCACUGUGAACAUGUACAGUCUCCAAUGUAGCACAAUGCAAUGGAAAAACACAAGGAUUUCCUUCCUCCUUUACUUUUCUCUGCUCACAGCAAAUUCUUGGACAAUGAAAAACAUAUUUUUGUAUUGCUCUUUCUUCCCGAUAUUCCCCGCACUCCACUGGACUCCACUUGUGACACAUGCAGUGCUGUGAAAAGGCUCGUUUGGCCGGACGUGCACAGCAUACGGGGCAUUAUGAAGAAAGUGGCUGGCGAAAAAGACACUCUGUAAGCUUUAGACAGCUGCUAUCUUUGGAAGACAGAAAGUUGGCUGUCUUGGCUCUCCAGCGAUGGACGCGGUGGUCUUUCUGUGGAGUGACAAAAACUGAUUUGUCUUUCUUCCUGCAUGAUUUCUUCUCGGCGCUCAUAACAGGUGGACACAUCUGCAGUUGAUUGGCUUCAUCUGGUUAGUUUCUAACCAUCUAAAGCAUCAAGUUCUCAGUAAUAAACUCCCAUAAAAUGCAUUUCAUCAUGACAUCAGCCUCGGAGUUCAUGUCUUGACAGUAAACGCCAGCAAACACGUAACUUUAAGUGAGCUGGUGUUCAACAAAACAGGACUUCAGUGCAAUAAAUGCAUUUCAUUUCUCUUGACUUUUUUUUGGGGCAUUUUCUCUGCAUUGAAUGGAGACAUGAAUGUAAACCAGUCUUACAGUGUCACAUAUACACGUGUAAGGUGAUUAAAGCUGAUUGUUUCUAUGUUGAAGCUAAUAUUCACAAUAUUCUAUUGAAGCUCAUCUAUAAAAUGAUAUUGUUAUACAUUUAUGCAGUUAUAUUGUAUGAUAGUUUGUAUACGGCAUACUGGUCUGUUGUACAUUGCUCUCCAGUGACAUAAAGCUCAAUGCAUGCAUUUGUGUAGUUCUUUUAAAAUAUAUGAUUUUAUUGAAUUAUAAGAUUUUAGUAUGCAUAUCUUUCCUUUAGGUACAAACAAACAAAACUAAGCACCGUUGUCCAAAGAAAGACGUAAAGCGGUUAUUGUCAAGUCUGGAAUAUGUAUCUAUGGAAGCUUGUUUUCUUUCGUUUUUAUCUGUGGGAUAAAAAAAAAUGAAAA